UACUGGAAUACUUUUUAAUUGGACUGUAUUUUGGUUUUUGUGGGUUUUUCUUUUACAUUUGUCAACUUUGUUGUUGAGCAGCAGAAAAAAAAGAAUCAAUGGCACCGAACAGUGAAAGGUGAAGAGUUUAUGUUUUUUGCAGGAAGGAAAGCCUGUUCCUCAUUUUUUCCAGCUGAGCCACCGCAAUAUUUGUUGGCAUAAACCUCAAUGAGCUACAAUUACAGUAAAUGCUGAACUUCAAAAAGUUCAGUGUAUGGUAGUCAUCUAAAGACAGAAUGUAUUCUAACUUAUUCACGAAUCCAUAUGCCACAGAAGUACUGAAAAUGAAAAAGAACGAACUUGUGGAAGGCAUAAAAAACCCCGAUCACCUUCUGGACUGCCUGAUAGAAAAAAGUAUCCUUUCACCUGAGAAAAAAAUGGUUUUAUCCUACUAUAGAACACGCAUGGCAAAGAACUCCUGCAUUUUGGAUAUCUUGGCUUCUCAAGGUGAGCGAGCUUGCAGACUUUUCUUUUAUCCCUGCUUGAAAGAGGUAGAGCCCCGUUUAUACAGCAAUAUCAGGAAUUAUGUGAGCAAUGUGAAUGAGACAGUUGGAGAUGCUAGAAGACAACUGAUAGGGUACCUCCUGGAAAAAGAUAAAGGAUCGAUUCAAAAGGAUAAGGCUUCACAUCAAGGGAAACAAGCUAGCCCUAGAUCUAUUAAGCCAAAAAAGAUGAUUUAUAAUAAACCUAAAUCAAAAUCCACAUUGGCAGCAAGGCAGUCUCUAGACAAUGUUCCAACAGUCUUUGAUUUGGUGAGGAAAGGAACUCUUUCCGAUCUGGAAAAAGCCUUAAACCCGAGUAAUGUGAAUGCAACAAACUCUGCAAAUGAGACUCUCUUACACAUUGCUGCAGCUCAUGGGCACACAGAAAUAAUUGACUAUUUAAUCAGCAAAGGUGCCAAACUAGAGGUCAAGGAUAACAAAGGAAGAACCCCACUGCACAGAGCCGCUGAGAAAGGUCACGCUAAAGCAGUGAACAGGCUACUUCAAGCUGGGGCCAACAUGUACAGUUUGGAUCAAGAAGGCAAAACCCCCCUUCACUUGGCCAACCGGAACCAGCACACGGAUGUCCUAAAAAACAUCUUAAAAGAAGAGGCGAGACGGCACAGGAAUCAGCACAACUUCCUGCACAUGGCUGCUCUCAAGGAUGACAGUGACCUAGUUCAAGUCCUUUUGAAAAAUGGAGCUUUGGUUGAUGCCAGGGAUGAGAGAGGCCAAACGGCCUUGAGCUAUGCUGUAUCUCAGGGACAUGAGAAGACUGUCAAAGUGUUGUUGGAAGGUGGAGCCAAAGUGGAUUCCAGCAUAAUUGAGGCGGCCUUUAAUAGCAACAACCAAUCUCUCUUCAAAUUAUUGCUGGAAUAUGCCAGAGAAUUAUCAUCUGAAUCCAUGGUAUCAUCCCUAUUUAAAGCCAUAGAAAAAGAUCUGCAUGGCAUUGUGGCGGCUUUAAUUGAUAGAGGUACAGAUGUUAAUGUACGCAAUGAAGAGCAGUACACACCAUUGCUUAUGGCAUGUAAAACGGGGAAGAUUAAGUCAGCCAAAGUUCUUAUUGAGAAGGGGGCCAACUUGAAGGACAAGGCCCCUAACUUAAGCAGCCCCUUACACCUAGUGGUUGAAGCUGGGGCUUUCUCCAUUGCACAGAUGCUUCUGCAGAAGGGAAUAGAUCCUAACAUCACAGCUCAAGGAAAUCAAACACCCCUCCAUGUUGCUGCAAUAUACAAUAGAGGAGCGUUAGUUGACCUACUCAUUGAAGGAGGAGCUAAAAUUGAUGCGGUCACCACAGACCUGUUCACGCCAUUGCACCUGGCAAGUGAAAAAGGUCACACUGACGUGGCUCUAAAGUUAUUGCAACAUAAAGCCAAUGUCCACCUCAAGAAUAAGCGAUCAAAGACACCUCUUCAUCUUGCAGCUGAAAUGGGGAAUCCUGCAAUGGUGGAGAUGCUUCUGAAUUUCAAGGCUGAUCCAAAUGCAACGGAUAAAGAGAAAAAGUGUCCACUUCAUUUUGCCACUUUGGGAGGCCAUUUUUAUGCAGUGAAAGCCCUGUUAGCUAAAAAGUCUAAGGUUGCAAGCAAAGACAUGGAUGGUUGCACACCAAUGCAUUAUGCAGCUCUCAGUGGGAAUGUGGAGAUAUUAAAAGAACUUUUGGUGACUGGCAAUAAUAAAAAUAUCAAUGACAAAAAUAUUUGGAGAAAGACACUAUUGCAUCUUGCAGCCGAACAUGGACACAGCAAUCUGAUAGAUUUUUUGUUGAGCAACGGCUCAGCUAUUAAUGCCUUGGACAACAAUAAAGAUACCCCAUUGCACUGUGCUUGCAAAGCUGGUCAUUUUGAUUCUGUAAGAGCACUGCUCAAUUGGUCUGCAGGAGAUAAAGCAAAUCUGCAGGCUACUAAUAGCUUGAAGAAGACCCCAUUGCAAGUAGCAGAAUCCAGUGUCACAGAUCAGCAAGCUCAAAUUGUUAAUCUUUUGAAAAAGAAAAUGUUACUGAUAAAGUAGAUUUGCAAAGAGGGUAUUAUAGAUACACCUUCUACAUUUAACUUAAGAGAUCCAGUGAAAGAUCUAAUUAAUGUAGGUAUAGAUUGGUAGUUUGCCCCAACCUGAUGUCCUCCAGAUGUUUAGGCUCAUAGAUUAUACUCACCAGACUACUGCAUCUUCUCAGUCAAUCAAUAGUUGGCUUUUCACUGCAGGAUGAAGCAUGUCUGUUUUAUCUUUAACUGGCUCUUUUGAGAAAAAAAAUAUGUCCAGGUGGCAGUGGAAGGAGGAUUGUAAAUUUGAUCUGGGGAGCAACCUUAUAAAAACUUCUCAUCUAUUUAUUUGCACAAUCUGACUCACAACUCCAGACACAGCUAAGAUUAUGUUAAAGAUACAUCUUUCUACAAUAGCAACAGUGUUCUAAGCAGAUUACAUUAAAAAUACUGACGUUAUUCUCUAUAAUGUUUACGUGCAUCAUACUAUAUAGAAUAAGUUGCCUUCUGUAGGGCAGUUAUACACAACUUGUUUUGUGAUCAUAGUAACAAACCUGCAAAAUGCUAUGCUGUAGGAAUUUAAGACAUUUUCUUCCUUCUAGCCUGUGUUCUUCUUGGUUUUACUCACUUCUUGCUUAUGGUUUUGAUCUAGCUCUAAAAUUAUUGCAAUCAUUAAUUUCAUUUAUCUUGAUUUAUAUGUACUGACCCAUUCUAUUUUUGUUAAUAUGGCAUUGUUGUUUUUGAAUGGACAAUAGCUGCUCCAGGGAUACAAUUUUCAGAGAGGUGAAAGAGAGGUUAUUGGCUUUAGUAUAAAUAAAUAAGACUGCUUACACUAUAGAGCUUGUAACUUUCCUAUAUUCAGCAAUGAAAUAUAGAUAUUAGCUGGCGGUAUUCCUAUAAAAUGUGUUGAUGUUAGCACCAGUAUAGCACAAGAUAAAGUUUUAUUACUAAACAUAUUAACACAUAAAUGGAUAUGAUCCAGAGUAAACCUGGAAGCUAGUUACCACAUUACUGUAUUAGAUAAAAACAUUUUUGUUUAGAAUCCAGAAACCGUAACGGAAUGCGUUUGAUAGUUUAAACACAAAGCAUUGCCAUGCAUUUUAUAUAAUGGAAACAUUAUUAUAUUAAGUGUUUUGAAACUUGUUCUUAAUAAAGCCAAAUUGUAGUGAU